CCAGUCCAGUUGAGCGUGUGGUGUGGGGAAGGAGUGACAGGUAGAGCAACAGCAGAGGUGACAGCAGGGCGGUCGCGUGUGGACUUUGUGUUCUCUGCUCCCUAUAUAUAUAGCCCUGAAAGUGAGCAGCCGGCACGCUCAUACCUAGGCCACACGCCUCACGGCUCACGCAUACAGGAUCUCAAAGGCAGUCAUGAAGUUUAUUGUGGUGCUUGCACUUGUGGCAUUUACUGGUUGCCAUGCCAACAUUCUGUGGGCAGAUGAACACCAGAAACAGCUGGAACAGGCAAAAGAUGCAUUCUGGGAUUACGUUGCCAGGGCAACCCGAACUGCAGAGAGCACGCUGAAAGACAUCAGAGAGUCUCAGCUGGGACAGGAGGUCAACGCUAGGAUCGCAGAGAGCGCAGAUGUGGCCAAGCAAUACGCAGUCACUCUGCACAGUCAGGUGACCCCCCUGGCACAGGACCUCGUGACCAAGAUCUCCCAGGAGGCCGAGCUGCUGAAGGAGCGUCUGGGGAAGGACCUGAUCACUGUCAGAGACCAGCUGGAGCCCUACAGUGAGGAGCUGAAGAGCAAAAUUCAGCAGCACGUGGAGAAGCUGAGGCAGGAGCUGGCCCCCUACACGGAGUCCCUGGACACUGCCGCCCUGAAGGCCACCCUGCUCCAGAAGAGCGAGGAGCUGAAAGGGAGCCUGGAGCAGAGUGUGCAGGAGCUGCAGUCCCAGCUGGGCCCCUACACCGAGGAGCUGAAGGAGAAAGUGGACCAGCAUCUGCAGGAGUUCAAGAAGAGCGUGGCUCCCCUGGCUGAGAGUGUCCAGACCCAGCUGGCCGACAGAGCCAAGAUGCUGCAGCAGAGCCUGGCACCCUACGCUGAAGACCUGAAGGAGAAGCUGGACCCCUACGCCCAGGACCUCAAAGCCCAGCUGACCGCACUCUGGGAGUCUUUCACCAAGAGGGCCUAAGGCAUAAAGGAACUACUCCCUGCUUCCCCACCUAUCCCUUUGGCAUUCUCAGUUUAAAUGGGACUUGAUCUUCAAUAACGCAUCCUGUGAUCAUCUUUGCCUGUUCCCCCUUUUCACAACCACAUUCAGUUCCUGAGUGGUGCUUUCUUUCUUCUUCUUUUGAAGAAGACCUUUCCCAGAGUCACGAUGACACAUCCGUGGUUGUGUACCCUCUUCUGUGCAGGAGGCAGGAGGUAUUCUCUUAUUCAGUGAGAAAACUCAGAGAAAGCUCUGAUCGUGAAGCAUAAUUUUGCACUUUAGUUCAUCCACAAAAUAUGUAUAUAGUUGUUUUAUUAUGUACUGUAAAGGUGGAUAGAUGAUGUGUCCUCAGUUUUCUAAUUUAUUCAACUAAAAACAAUAAAAUGAAAAAAAAAA